AUGUGCUUCGUAGCAAAUGACACCCUUCGAGAACAGGGAAAUUUCCUCAGCGUGCUCAUUCCUCCACGACCAGAUUUUGAGACAUUCAAUUUCGCUGGGGUCUCUGAAGAAAGAGAUGAAAUUGUUAUGGAACUAGAUAUAGAAGAUCUCGAAAAAAGUGUUGUUGGAGUUCAUUCUUAUCUCAAAAUAAAACUGAGACAGAAGCCAAACCAGAAGCCCUUCCUCCAAGUGGAACUACGAGAUAAAGGAACAAUACAUGAGCUUCCUGUGAGGUUAAUCAAAACCGCGCAUUGGGCAAUGUUUCGACGUCCAGAUGUUCCUAGAGGAGUGUUGGGAGUUUACUUUCCCCCUAUAAGAUCUGUGAUGAGAGUGCUGCAGUCGCUGAAACACGUAGGAAACAAGAAUGUGACUUUGAAAGUCAAUAACAAUGGCGAGAUGCAUCUGAAAUGUCGCAUGGACCAAGCCGAAGUGACCAUAUAUUUUAGCGAUCUAGCCAAUGACACAUUAACUGGUCGGUUCUGCACAAAUCAAAUAAGCGUUCUUAUCAUUCCUUUAUAG